AUGAAGAUCAUUUUGGUGCUCAGCUUUUGUUUCUUUUCAACAGCACUCGCUCAACAAUAUGAUGAUAAUUUUGCGCGCAAUGUGAUGUGGCCAUUAGCUGCUGGGGCCUACAUUGAUAAUCAACAAGAGUGCAUCACAAGUGCCACUGGUGAUGGAAAAUUGAAAAGAAAGAUCGACUACGAUUGUGACAUAUUGGAUGAGAAAUGUUCGGCUUACACCGCCUCAUCCGAUUCGAAAAAGGCCAUUAUAGUGGCAUGGAGAGGCUCGCAGAUCAAUGCCGAGGUUCCAAUGGAAGUUCUUGACAUUCUCUUUGGAAAACAGCGUGUGUUCCCAGGUGGUGCCAAAGUGGCCGAUUUCUUCUAUGAUGCCUUCUUGAAUUUGUGGAACAGUGGGAUUAAGGACGAUUUCUUGACGCUCAGACAACAAUAUCCUGAUUAUGAGAUUUGGAUAACUGGACAUUCUCUUGGCGCUGCAAUGGCUGGUCUCUGUGCCGGAUAUUUGGCCGAGCUGGGAUUGGUGCCGGUGAAUCAGAUGAAACUGAUGACUUUUGGCGAGCCGAGAACCGGAGACAAAGCCUAUGCUGCUCUCAUUGAUUCGCUUCCCUAUUCCUAUCGAAUUGUCCACAAUCAUGAUCCCGUUCCUCACGUCCCACUCAACAUCGAGAACUACGAGCAUCAUCGAACUGAGAUUUACUAUUCAAACACGAUGGCCAAUGGAAAACCAUUCACGGUUUGUGUUGGAGACGAGAGCCACAAAUGUUCCGAAGGAGUUCCCAUUCUUCUCACAAAUGUCCUGGAUCAUCUCGAUUAUUAUGGUGAAGACGUUGUGGGAUACUUUGAGAGGGGAUGUGUCUACAAAAAG